CCUCCUCCUCCCGCCCCGGGCCGGACGGCUGCGUUUCGGGGGGCCGGGCGGCCGUCGAGGAUGGGCCGCGACGCCGGCGUCCCGGAGCGGGCGGCGGGCCCGUGCGGGCGCUGGGAGGCGGGCCUGCAGGGAGCCCCCUACCACCUGGGCAACUGCUUCAUCCUCCUGGGCUACAUGGGGGGCGGCGGCCCCUACGGCUCCCUCUACACGUUCGGCCUGCUGGCGGCCGGCUUCGUCUGCUCGGCCCUCUGGGCCUGGCUCGGGGCCUGCCAGCCGGACCUCUGCGCCUGGAGCGCCCUGCUGGGCCUGGCCUGCCUCCUCCAGGCAGCCCAGCUGCUCUACCGGCUGCGCGAGGAGACCCUCCGGGAAGAGUUCGCCCUCCUGUACGAGGCCCUGGGGCUGCCCCUGAGGGUCCCCCUGCCCGCCUACAGGGAGCUGGUGCGCUGCUGCGGGGAGCGGGUGCUGCCCCUGGCCCCGGGGCAGACCUACGCCGUGGAGGGCGAGACCCCCAUCGACCGCCUGUCCCUGCUGCUGUCGGGCAGGGUGUGCGUCAGCCAGGACGGCCAGUUCCUGCACUACGUCUUCCCCUACCAGUUCCUGGACUCCCCGGAGUGGGAAUCGCUGCGGCCCUCGGAAGAGGGGACGUUCCAGGUCACCCUGACGGCGGAGACCGACUGCGGCUACGUGUCGUGGCCGCGCGACGGGCUCAACGCCCUGCUGGGCCGCGAGCGCUACGUGGCCCGCCUCUUCUCCGCCCUGCUCGGCCACGACAUCUGCGAGAAGCUCUACGCCCUCAACGACAAGCUCUUCGCCGAGUCCGGCCUCCGCUUCGACAUCCGCCUCCCCAGCCUCUACCACGUGCUGGGGCCGGCCCCCUCGGCGGCGGGCCCGGAGGCCGACGGGGAGGCCGAGGGGCCCCCCGCCUCCGGCCCCCCUCCCCCGGCCCCCCCGGCCCCUCCGCCGGCGCCCCGGCCCGAGAGCGACGUCCCGGGUGAGGACUCGGCCAGUCUCGUGGUAGAAGAUUUUGCGGAGAGGCCGGGGUCGUUCGUGGAUUACGGGAGCGAAGGGGAGUAUUUGAGAUGAGGGCGGUUGCGAGCCGGGCGGGCGCCGGGGCGGAUUCGGGACCGCCGGGCCCCACGCGGUCCCCGUCCCACGUGGGGCCCCCGGUCUUCAU